AAUCGUAACUGUUUGAAACUUGCAGCUGACCGCUCUGUAGAACUUCAAUGAUCAGAUCCCCUUGCCAUUGCAACCCGAAUUGCAGCCAGUACAAACUAGGAUGGGACCUAACGUGCUAUAUUUAUGGCCUCAGCCUCCACUCCACUAAUACAAAUGCUCUCACAACUUUGCUUUCCUGUUCCUGUGUUUUCACAUUGUUCAUCAUUUGUCAGGUUAGAAAGACUCGAGCUCAAGUUAAAAAACGAACUCCAUGCGUUUCUUCCCCUUUUCCCUUCAAGUUUUCCGUCGGGGCAUGAGCGGUGAUAGUACUUCAAGGCCUACCAUCCUCUUUCCAGAGGUUGAAUAUGUCGCGCCCGUAGGCGACUGGGCACAUCGUGUGCAAGCCCAUCCAGACAGCCUACGUUGUCGCAUUCGUAAGAUCGUUCACUGCAAAUCGAAAUCUUCGUCAAACCACGAGUUUCUUCUCGUUCACGUUCGCCAGCCCUCCCGAACCAAGGCCGUUCUGCUGGUCGAGCGGGUAGCUAGUUUCACAGACUCGGAUAGCUCGUCUAUACUAUCUGAUGACGACUCAUCGUACGAUCAACAUACUCACAUAAACCCUGUCCUCGCCUCAAUAUCCGUGUCUUUACCCGCUCGCGAUCGGGUGAGGAUAUCACACGACGGUACCACCAGUUCUUUGGCGUCUCAGCCCUUCGUGAAACUCCACACACUUUCCUUCCCAAAAUCAUCAU